CGGAAGAGUUAAAUAGCGGAAGUGGUUGGAUGCAAACUUUGUUCGUCCCAAUUACGACGACGUUGAAGCGAUGGAUGACGGUGACUUGCACGACGUCGAACUCGUCUGGCCUCAUACCGGCCCAAACGAUGUCAUUGUCACCGGUACAUUUGACCAGGUGAGCAAACUCAUCCGUUUCCAAUAUCCCCCUCCGGCGUGCUCAAGGCCGUACUUUAUGUGCUUCCAGUGGUCGUCUUCCAUUCAUUUGGUCAAAGGCGACACUGGCUUCCAUGGCACGGUCAAGCUCCCCUGGGGUGAGAAGGUUGCCUACAAGUUUAUCGUCGACGGCUACUGGUUCUGUCGUGACGACCGGCCCAUGGAAGACGAUGGUAGCGGUCAUGUUAAUAACAUACUCUACGUUCCUCAAAAGCCCUUGUCCCUGUUGGGAGAGAACGCAUCGGCUGUGGAGGCUACCCUUCCCUCCGAACCCAAAGGAGUCGCACCUAUCGUGCCUAUGGUCGUCGUCCCGGUCAACGAUGUUGCGAGCGGGGGUCUUCCUCCCCAUGAGGUCCACCCAGCGGAACCCGGAAAUUCGGAACAACUAAACGGCCCUUCUACACAUAGCCCAGAAAUUCCACCUGCCCAAUUGGAGGCUGUAACCGAGUCUCUCGUGGGCAUGCCCAGCUCAGGCGUGUCUGGGAGCACGGAGAAUCAAAGUUCUAAACCACUCGAUGCGGUAGUUACUCCUGUCGUUUUGGAAUCUGUCGCGGAGCAACGUGUUGCACCUACCGACUCUGCACCGCAUCUGUCUGAUGAACAACAUACGUCCCUGCCUACCGCUGUCCAACAGAACUCGUCCUCUACUACUAUGGAGUCCGGCGUUACAGCCAAGAAGAAGCGACUGUCGAUGUUCCAGAGGCUGAAGCGUGUCUUCCACAAAGACAACGCCGAGCGGCGAAAAUCAUGAGCGUCCGUACUUACUGCGACAUUAUUCUCUCCUCUUCUCUUCUCAUUUUUGGCCGACCUAGUUUUCCUAGGUUGGCAUCCUAUCGACACGAUUUACACGACCUUUUAUGUCCAUACAUGCUAUUCACGCUGAAUCUAGUUUUACAUCUACUCUCAAGUUGGUUAUUGUGUAUCGCAGACGUUUCGGUCAUCCUUUCAAGUUGUACUGGAUAGAUUUCACUGUGGUUCGAAUCUCACACGAUUACGUUGAGCAUAAUAC